AUGGCACCCCUCAAGCUUAACAACAAAAACCUGCCCCAGAUUGCCGCUACAGGUGAGGUCAAAGUACCAAGCUACAAACGUGGCACGGCCGUGAAAGAAGGAAUUGUUCAUGUCGGGGUCGGUGGCUUCCACCGGGCUCACCUGGCGGUCUAUGUCGAUCAAUUGAUGCAGAAUGGGCUGACAGAUUACGCGAUUUGCGGAGUCGGUCUGCAACCUUUCGAUGCCGCCAUGCGAGACGUGUUAGAAUCUCAGGAUUAUCUUUACACAGUUAUCGAACGUUCAGCAAAGGGCAGUGCUGCUCACGUCGUGGGCAGUAUUAACUCGUACCUCUUUGCGCCCGAUAACUCCGAGGCUGUCAUUGCCAAGAUGGCUCACCCAGAUACUCAUAUUGUCUCUCUCACAAUCACCGAGAGCGGUUAUUAUUAUAACGAAAAUACCCAUGAGCUACAAAGCGAUCACCCAGAUAUUAUCUUCGACCUCAACCCGGCCAAUCCUCCGCGUACUACUUUUGGUUAUCUCUAUGCCGCCCUGGCGCGGCGCCACAAGCAAGGGCUUAAGCCAUUUACUGUCAUGUCAUGCGAUAACAUGCAGAAAAAUGGAUCCAUCACGCGCAACAUGGUUGAAUCUUUUGCACGCCUGCGUGGCGAUUCAGAGGUCGCUAAGUGGAUUGCCGAGCAAGGUGCUUUCCCUAAUGCAAUGGUCGAUCGCAUCACCCCCCAGACCAAUGCAUCCGAUAAAGCAAACCUCGCAGAUAACUUUGGAGUCGAAGACGCAUGGCCUGUUGUAACCGAGCCAUUUACACAAUGGGUUAUCGAAGACCAGUUCUCAGAUGGCCGCCCGCCAUUCGAGCAAGUGAAGGUCGGAAUUCAACUUGUUAAAGGUGUUCACGAGGUUGAACAAUUCGAAAAGCACAAGCUCCGCCUCCUCAAUGGUAGUCACUCGGCAAUUGGCUACGCAGGCCAGCUAGCUGGCUUCAAAUAUGUUCACGAAGUUAUGGAGAACCCAGUAUACCGUCGAUUCGUGUGGCAGACGAUGCAGGAGGUCAAACCUCUCCUCCCUGCCAUCCCAGGAGUUGAUAUCGAUGCAUACUGUACAACCUUGAUUGAGCGCUUCUCCAACCCCGCAAUUAUGGAUCAGCUCCCUCGUCUGUGCUUGAAUGCCUCGGGAAAGAUCCCACAGUUUAUUAUGCCCUCCAUUGCUGAAGCCAUUUGGGUGGCCGGACCCUUCCGCCACCUCUGCUUUAUCGUCGCCGCUUGGUUCCGUUAUAUCAAUGGAGUGGACGACAGCGGCGAAAAGUUCGAAGUUGAUGAUCCCAUGCGUGUGGAGCUGCAGGCGCGUGCAUGUGGCGCCAACCCCAUCGACGUGCUUCAAAUCGACAGUCUUUUUGGAAAUGACUUGCGGACCGAUAAAAGAUUCCUUUCGGAAGUUUCCACUGCUAUAGAGCUGAUUUCUCGGGAUGGCAUCAUGAAGACGCUCCCCAAGUAUAUUGAUUGA